ACGCUCGCGUUCUGGACCCGUACGACGACCCCUCGUGUGCACCUCAUCACAUCCCCCUCCGCAGCUGCUCAUAACCUGUUUGCUGCCACUCCCGAGAACGCUCAAUUGAGACAGACCCUAACGACCAUAUCGCUUCAAAGCCACAAUCGCACUGUGGAAGCCCUUCAAGCAUGGAUCAACUAUGUGACGAGAUCCUGCAGCUCAUCCUCAACGAGCUGAACAGCCCCGCCGCGUUCGCCGCGCUCUCGAAACGCCACUAUGAGUUCGGAAAGGAUCCGUACGUGCGCGCGAUGUACUUCCUCGCCCGCCACGGGCACAUCCAGGCGCUGUACUGGGCUCUGGGGAGGGGUAGACUGCUGAACGAGAGGGUGCUCGAUAUCCUUUUGGGGAGCGGCGCCCACCUCUCGAGGUAUCUGGCCCAAAUGGCCAUACACCACUAUUUCCGCACACAGGUCUCCUUUAUCAAGACGCGCUGGGUGCGGACGCUCACUCUCCCCGUCUUCACGCACUUCCUCUCCAUCGCGUCGCGCAUGUAUGGCGACAUCCCGGUGGGAAAGGGGGAAGACGACGGGACGAUCCUGUCGCUGUUCUUGAAGCAGAGCAGGUUUCCGACCGAGUACCGAGCGGCCAAGUGGGAGCAGGUGCGGGAUGUGGUUGAGAAAUAUAAGUUCAUCCCGUUCUCGGAUAGGGAUCCUAUGAUGGCCCAGUAUCCGCUCGUGCUUGCCAUAGAGCCCCGUCUCCUGCCCUUUGCUCGACAGAACGGGUUCCAUAUGGAUCGCAAGUAUCGAGAUUUCGUCUUCCGCAGAAUGUUUGAGAAGCCCGCCGUCAUGUUUGAAUCCCGGGCAGAUGAGAUUGUACAGAAUGUACGCGAGCUGUCGCGGCUAGACACUGACAUGUUUCUCAGUCGGACGGUUGCGGCAGAGAUCUGCAUGGAAGCAAAGACGAACGAACCGGCGUACGCGGCGCUUAAGCGUCUCGACAAGGAAGGCGUUCUGCGCUUCGAGCUAUCCUCUGUCGUCCAGGACCUGAUUAAGCUUUUCCUGAACACUCGGUCCGUAACUACGACACAUACGGCUUCAGUCCUGCGGGUGCUCCAUAAGGACUUCCCAUCAGAGGACCCGACUGUCCGUCUUGUAUUGCUACUCACCGUGUUCCUCUCCGACCCGUCACACCUUCCCGAGAGUCUUGUCCCGACGCCGAACACUGCAGGGCUCUUUGAGCGGUAUGUCGAGUCGUGUAGCGACGAGAUCGAGGACAUGAACCUCGGUCCGCUCACUCGGAAGGACAUCGUCGACAUCCUCCUGAGCAAGUUCGUCCCGGAGCGCUUCGGAGGGAUCCUCGAGUACGCCCGCUCGGUCCUGGACCUCGAUAAGGAGGCGAUGCGGUGCGUCAUCACCGAGGUCGCGCUCGGAUGCCUUGAGAUCGGAUGCAAGGGAAGAAUGCUCGCGAAGCUCGUCGCCACGUACUCGUACCUUUCGGACGUCAUCGCCUCGCACAUCGUGAAGACCUACCGCAUCCAGCUCGAGGACCUCCCGCCGGCGGAGGACGAGAAGGCGUGCAAGGAGUUCGCUGCGCCGCUGUGCGCCGACCUGCUCUUGAUGCGGAAAGGUAUCCCGAUGACGUUCGAGGAAGUAGCUGCGCCGCUGGUUCCACCGACUGUGGAGCCUGCGCCCCCUCCUCAGCCUGAGUCAGAGCCUGCCGAGAACGAAGAGGAGGUCGGAGCGGGCGAAGAUGAGGUCGAGGAGGGAGCGGAGGGUCCAGAAACGCCUGCUGAAACCGAGGGCGAGGACCUGGGUGUUAUCGGCCAGGACACAUUAUCCGCCAUGAUCCGCAAAGACGAGAUGCAGCCCUCACGCCGGAGGCGGUAUCACGAGCUGUACACGAACUACCACGACAGCAUCGGCAAGUUGCCUUAUCCGGCCGAUUACACACAGGUCGGCACAUGGAUCCAGAACCAUUAUGGACACCUCAGUGCGGUCGCUGCAGUCAUCCGUCUGCACGCGGUCAUCAAUCAGAACUACACGGUGCUGCAUCACUAUCUGUAUAACGGGGACGGGCCGGCACACUCGGGCCGAGUACCGACGACGCUAAAGCAGUUCAAGAUCCUCGCGCGUCUCGGCCGGACGCCGAGCAUGUCACUCUACGACGAUAUCGAGGCAGGAACGGAGUUUUACUUCAGCGAGGAGGACUACCUCAGCCAGGAAGAGCUGAACGGCACUGCACAGCCCCCGUUAAAGAAGGCUACCCGGCGCGCGAAGGUGAAGUGCGAGGCUAGCCCCACUCCCGGACCGUCUUCCGCGGGCAUGUCCACGUCGAGACGGGCGGAGGCAGCAGGGCCGAGUGCAGGGCCGAGUGCGGGCGCGGGCUCGCAGGGGCGAAAGCGGCCGCGUCGGAGUGUGGCGAGCUCGGUCAAAUCGUACGUGGUGCCGGACAGCGACGACGAGGAUAUCGUGAUGGAAGGGGAAGACGAUAUCUUGCAGAAGUUUGCGAAGAAGCGUCGGCAGGAGACGAACAUGCAACGAUGGAUCAAGCAGCUUGCGAUCCUGUUCAAAGAGGAACAGCGAAAGUACAACGAGAGGAAACGCCGGAUACACACGUUGUCACCGCCGGGGGCGAAAGUGAAGGUGCCUAAGACCGAGUUUCACAAGUCGCUUGCUUUCAAUCUUCCCCGCUUGCGCCGGAUCGAUCGGGUGAGACGGGAAAAGCUGUAUGGAACGGACAUUGCGGACGUGGACAUGAGCGAGAGCGACGAGGACGAGUAUCAGUAUCGGACCACGCGCUCGAAACGACGCAAGGUAGAAAACUAGUUAGAGGCGUGGGACCAGCGCAUCGCGUUUCCUCGUGGACGGUUGACGUGGCUGUUUCUGCCGCCUCUCCGCCAUGGUUUGGGCCAUCCAUCUGGCACUGCACACAGAGAGUUUCGUUUCCAUUCACGCACGGACAUGAAUCUUCCGCACACUACCACACCGCACUACGCAUCCUUCGUUCUCGUCAUCUGUCGUCGUUUUCUGGCAUUACCUACCGGAUCUCAGUGCGCCCUGUCCCUCGCACCGCGGCGUCGGCCCCAUGUGAAAGCUUACUCGUAUAGCCUAAUUUUUGUAGUAGCUGAGGAGAUAAUGGAAGCAGCGUCGGGUACACGGACCGUGGGCAGGGUGGCACAGGACCAGGGACGGUCGGCGCGAGAGCCGGAAGGAAGCGGUGGGGUGGCCAGAUGGGCAGGUCGCGAAGGCGCAGAGGGGUUGCAGACGUGGUCGCACCGCUCGCUCGGUUCUUCGCGCGCGCAGGAGGAGGUCCGCGGCAGAUGGCCCCGACCAGGCGACCUCCAUUCGCUCAAUGUGCCCGAGAUCCCGAACGAGCAUCACCAUCCACCGCGGGGUCGAGCCCAAUAAGUUCUGGGAUAAAUACCCGCCGUCCCGCAGGCCCGCGAACGCUACAUACAUUACUAGCACCCGCCAAUUCACGAGGAUUAUGGACGUCGACGCCGACAUGCCUGCGCACGCCGCCCACCACGCCCACUCUCCUAGGGGACACUCGGCGGGGCACAGCUACCGCUCGACGCCCCCCACCGACUACCCCACCCUCGUCGUUCGCAACGUCCAUCUCCCCUUCGACGCGGACAGUCCCACGCUCGCAGACCCGCUCUACAACGUCUACUGCGUCGGCGGCCGCGUCGACCGCAUCGAGCUCGUCACCACGAACGGCUCCGGGAGCGUCAGCGGCAGCAGCGGACGCAACUCGCCCGCGCGCCAUCCAGAGUUCUCCUCCAGCGCAAGCCCGCGGGGCAACGGUGCGGGGCCGAGCCCGAGAGAUCAUCGCCAGGGGAGCAGCCACGGGGAGCUUGAUGCGCAGGGGCGGGGAAUCCUUUUGCCAGCGUCCGUCCGCUCCUCCAUGCCCGUCCCGCCUUUUCUGGCACUCACACCGAGCCCGCGACGUACGCGUCUCGUUCUUGCACCCACAGGCUCGUGCACGCGCACAUCCACCUAGACAAGUGCUUCCUGCUCGAUCAGUGCGAUGAGCUCGUCACCGGGUACGUGACCACCGCUUGCUCGACCCGCGCAGACGCAGCGUCGAGGUUCCCCCCGGCCGUGGACUGACACACCGAUUUGUCGUGUGCGGAUCGCAGCCACUUCUCCGAGGCACUCCGCGUCACCGCGAAGGCGAAGAGCGGGUUCCCAUACAAUCUCGACGAUCUCUACGAUCGAGGCCGGAAGCUGAUCUCUCAGAGCAUCGAGUGCGGGGUCACCUUGAUGCGCGCCCAUGUCGAGGUCGACGAGACCGUCCAUUUCGCGUGCGUCGAUACCGGGCUUCGUCUUCGCAAGCUGUUCAGGGACGUGUGCCAUGUCCAGAUAGCAGUCUUCGCGCAAGACCCUCUCUUCGCGUCGUCGAACGACGACCGGCCGGGGCUCAACUACGUUCUCAUGCAGACCGCGAUCCGGCGACACGGCGUCGAGGCCGUCGGCUCCGCGCCGUACGUCGAGCCCAGCAUCUCGCACGCGAAGCGCAACAUCGAGCUCAUCUUCGACCUCGCCUACGACGCCGGCAUCCACGUCGACUUCCAUCUCGACUACAACCUCGACCCGCACUCGGAGCCGCUCAUCUGGUACGUGCUCGACCAGCUCCGGCAGCGCAUCCAGGCCGGCCGGUGGCGCGCCGGCUGCCACGUCUGCGUCGGGCACGCCACCCGGCUCACGCUCUUCACGCCCGAGGAGUGGGCGGCCCUCCGCGCGGCCCUCGUCGACGAGCGCCUCCCGCUGACGCUCGUCGGCCUCCCGCCGAGCGACCUGUACAUGAUGGGCCGCGGCCUCGACUACGCCCCCCGCGGCACGCUCAACGUCCCCAGGCUCGCGACGGAGCACGGCCUCCGUGUGGCCAUGGCGGUGAACAACGUCGAGAACGCGUUCACGCCCCAGGGGCCCGUGGAUCCCCUCGGCCUCUGCCCGCUCGGCGUCGCGGUCUUCCAAGCGGGGACGAAGAUCGAUUGCAGAACGCUUCUGGAGGCCGUCACGCUGAACUCCCGGCUCGCCAUCGGCGGCUUCCACAAGGGCUCCGCGACGCUGUCGCUCACGCCGUCUCCGGGCAUGGUCGCGGACUUUGUGCUGCUGCACGACAACGACUCCGUCCACUCCGCCGCUCUCAACCCGUCCUUCUCGCGCACGACCAUCCGGCACGGCGUCAUGGUCGCGCGCCGGAUCCAACAGAGCUGGAUCCUCCCACAAAAGACGCCCUCCCCCGACCCGAUCCCCCCGGAGUAGCAGGAGUCCUGCCGUAUCUUGCGACUGUAUCUGUACCCCGCCGCUCUGGGACCCCCCGUUCACGCCGGUUUCUCGAGGUUUCGAGACUUGGCCACCGCGUCACGUUUUACUGCAUCUCCCAUCCGCGCAUGUUCGCAUCUAGCAUAGAGUAGUCCACCGCUCAUCUCCUCUCCCAUCCGUGCUAUCUUGUCGUCGCUGUCGGACCUUGUUGUCGUAUGCGCCCCGCAGGAACCGUGGUCGUCAGAUACCACCCC